AUGUACAGCUCAUCAGCCGCUGCCGCCUCCUCCUCACCGCCCACCGGCGCCGCAGGAGCAACAACCUCUUCAGCUACAUCACCCUCCUCAACAUCAUCAGGAAAUGGACUCACCAUAACCCCAGCAUCGCUGAACUACUUUUGUAUCUACAACCCAGACUUUGGUCCCACAGACGAGACACAGCACGAGCAGCUGUUGUAUUAUGUUGCCCGAAAGACGGUUUCUAUUGACGCCAAGAUGCGGAAUAUUGGACUGGCCCAGGGGCUUGUUAACUUUGCUCGGAUAUUCUCGCCUACGGUGCCGUGUGAGAAUGUGCACUCUCAAAAGAACCGGUUGGUGUUUUAUGAGGCAGAACCAGGAUACUGGCUGAACUUGUCGAUCGAAUUGGGCACGGCAAAGAGGACGGUCAAAGGCACGGACGGGAAACCUAGGGUGAUCACAGAGUACCUUGAGCACGAAGUCCACGACACAGUCGUCUCUGCGCUCUUACGCCAAGCCUAUGCAAUGUUCAGGGUCACCCACGGAACCAUGGAGAGCCUUGUCCAUGCGCAUGAGGGCAACACUCGCCCUUUGCAACGACGAUUGGAAGAGUUUUUCGAAUCAUGGGUUCUGGGUUGGGAGUUUGACCGGACGACGAUGAGUCUUGAAAAGGCGCUGGACGGGAUUCAAUACUUGCCAUUGAGUCGGACGAGUUAUUUAAGCGUUGAUCGGUUGCUCCAGGCUGUCAAGGAGAAUUAUCGGUCAAACGGAGCAGGACCGGUGGUGACACAUUCGAUGGUGACUUUUGAGGACCAGUUGGUGUCGAGUGAUGUGAGGGAUGAAGAUUUGAGGGCUGUGUGGAAGCAGGUUGUGCAAACUUCUGGGUUUGAUGGUGCUAGUGCUCAGAACUCUGCCCUUGACCGGAGUGAAGCUGGACGCAAGAGCAAGACCUCAACGUUCAAGUUUGGCAAGUCAUGGUCGAACACGAGUAUUUUCGGAUUCUACAAGUCUUCGUCGUCUGCAUCAACACCGCCCUCGACACCACCGCUCAGACCUACAUCUCGUGUCGGUUCACCUGCACCUUCUAUUCGCAGCAUUGACGGUGUGAAUACUGGAAACGCAUUGUCAGGAGCUUUGGGAUCUGGAGCCAGUCCUCGGGCCUCAGGAGAAUCAGAGGCAGGACUGACCAGUGGCGUGAAAGCGCAAGCGAAUCCACUGUGGUUUGGAGAGUUUAUCGCCAGUGAGGAUGUGGAUGAGCACAUCGGUAUCACCCUCAAGCACAAGAGCGGACUUAACCUAUGCUUCUUUGUACCAACGUUGGACAAGGAGGGGAACAUGAUACUAGAGGAUCAGGAGUCGUUCAUGCGGGAAAUGGAAGAAUUCGUCUCAGGUCUUGUUCACGAUGCGCCAUUACUGGACCCAACGAGCGGCAACGGCGAGACGAGUCGAUCACUUCUGGAGGAUGUAGCUCGCCAGGUGGUCAAGGACGCGAUGACAGCACGUGGGCUCGGAGGUACAAUCGCCAACGACAAGGAGAUCCGGUUCUUGUAUUUCAAUCGGAUGAACUUGGCGAUCAAGACGCAGUUGGGAACAAUAUCGGGAGUUGGGAAGGGCUCGGGAAUAGGCAGUAGUUCGGGGGCAUUGAUGUUGGGAUCGGAGGUUGCAAUGUCGUUGUUGGAUAUCAGGCAAGAUUUUGAUCGGAUGCCGGAUGCGACCGAGAUUACGACACGGUCGCCAUCGAAUUAUUGGAUUGUUGGGAAACGGUUUGAGGAUCGGGAGGUGUAUAUGAUUGUCUCCCGCAAGGAUAGUACCCUUGUUGAAGUGGAAGGUAUGCGUUGCAAGGGGGCGUUUAGGUAUUGA